UCAUUAGGUGCCAUAAAGAUGGCGGAGUCGGAGGAGGAGGUGGACGUCUUGGUCCAGCGAGUUGUCAAAGACAUCACCAACGCCUUCAAGAGAAACCCCAACAUUGAUGAGAUAGGUGUGAUCCCGUGUCCAGAGGCCCGCUACAAUCGCAGUCCCAUUGUGCUGUUGGAGAACAAGCUGGGUGUGGAGAGCUGGUGUGUCAAGUUUCUGCUGCCAUAUGUCCACAACAAGCUGCUGCUCUACCGCCAGCGCAAACACUGGUUGGAGAGAGAAGCUUUAGCGGAUAUCACCUGCACUCUGUUGCUGCUAAACCCGGACUUCACCACUGCAUGGAAUGUCAGGAAGGAGCUACUGCAGUGCGGAGUCCUUAACCCAGAGAAAGACCUCUACCUGGGUCAGCUGGCCCUCACCAAAUUCCCCAAGAGCCCAGAGACAUGGAUACACAGGCGCUGGGUGCUGCAGCAGAUCCUGCGUCAGAGCUCUGUAGCGGGCCGCAGCAAGAAGCCUCAGCAGAGCGAAGCGGACGCAGAGAGGAGCCAGCAGCUCAGCGAGCAUCUGGCCCGCACACUCCACCAGGAGAUGAAGGUGUGCUCCGACGCCGCCUGCCGUUACCCCAGCAACUACAACGCAUGGUCCCACCGCAUCUGGGUGCUGCAGCACAUGGCCCACGGCAACGUCAAGGUUUUCCAUGAUGAGCUGUCCUCCAUGCGCCUGUGGGUGUCCAUGCACGUGUCCGACCACAGCGGCUUCCACUACCGUCAGUUCCUGCUCAAGGAGCUGAUUACUGAGGUCUCCCAGACUCCAGCUUCCACCUCUUCCCCCCAGCAGCGGUGCAGCACAGCCCCCAGCAGCAGCAGCCCCCCCCAUCACAGCCACAGCCAGGCCAACGGGGAGCUGUCAGAAGCAGAGGCAGCAGCUGAGGAGGAGUGGCAGCUCAGCGUCAACACGGUCCUUCAGCUGCUCCACCAGGAGAUGGAGCUUUGCUCAGACCUCAUCCAGUCCUUCCCCGGGCAUGAGACCCUCUGGAGUCACAGGAGGCACGUCUUCUACUUGUGGCACCACUGGAGGAGGGACCAGCAGCAGCUGUGCAGCACAAACCAAGAGAGCAGUUCGCCGGUCCUCGGCAGUAAUGGUGGCCCGGGCCCCCACACGCUCAACGCCCAGAGCUCUGCAGGCGGGGGGGGCAGUGUGAACGGACAGGGCUGCGCUGCUGAAGCUAUGGAGGUAGACAGGGCGUCCUUGCCAGACCCGCGGGACAGCAAGCGCCUAAAGACAGGCGUCCUGCUGCCUAGCCCCCCCGCCCUGCCCUCUGAGCCCAGCUUUGUGAGCGGCGUUCUGGACGGCUGCUGCAACCCUGAGCAGAGACGCUUCGCACUGGCCUACAAGAAGUGGUUAGACACUGUUAUCAGUCAGCAGCCCUGAAAGAGACCACUGAGCCCCAUCGAGUUGCCUUUAGACACAGAUUUACGAUCAGCUGACUAAUGGUGUGUCAGAUGCAGCGCGGCCACUCUCCUUUAUUCUGAGAGCGCGAGGAAGUUUGACGACGCUAAGUCUGUUCUUCCCUCUGAAACAUCUGGAUUCUCUUGAGCUUCAUCUGAGCCAGCACCCCUUCAGAAUGGAAAUGUUCACUGCGUGGCCACCACGGGUCACCUCAGGUCAAACUGCCACUGCUUCCUUCAGUGGCAGUUCGGCAUUCUUCUGCACAUCUCACUUUGUUUCAGUAUUUCAGAAACGAAAUGCAGCUGCCACAGGAGGAGCACAAAGCAGAAUGUGCAUGCAUUCUAACUCACUUAAAAACCUCACUUAACAAAGGAAAUAAUCAUAAAUAAAUAGAGUAGGAUUAAUAAAUGACACAAUAAAUUGUCACAUAAUUAUUAAACCUCAAUUUAUUAAUAUGAAUUGUUAUUUAUUACUUGUAUUUUACAGUAACAGUUUUCUUUGAGUUUUCUUCUCCUUUCAAAUGUCUUAAUUCUAAAGUGGAAGCUGAGGGGGAAUAUGAUAAAAAGGAACAACAAUAGGAAAACUUCACUUUGCAUUGUUUAGGUUCCAGCGUUUUUCUCAAUGGGACAUGAGACUGUUUCUCAAGAGACCUGACGCAGAGGAUCAUGGGACAUCUCUGCCCUCAUUUGUUGCAGUGACAGUGUUCAAGCACAUCCCGGUUUUCCUUCAAACUUCUUAAAUUUCCUUUCUGAAGGUGGUAACAUUUAUUAAUCAUGUCAUUUUCUCUCCUUUCCCUCUCUGUGGGUCCUUGGUUUGCUGCUCCUGGUCGAUUUCACUGCUGAAUACUUUCAGUGACUCCUAUCUAUGUAGCUAAGUGCUAAGUUACAGUAGCUUGCAACAGAAAGCCAAAAAAAGCUAUUAGUUAGCGGAAUAAAACUUUAUGUUUACCAUGUGUGGAGUCCUAGCUAACUUGCAAAGUCGUACCUUCUGGCAACCUGAAGCACUUAAUAUAUAAGCAGAGAAAUGUUAGCUUUAGCAGUUUAGUGGCACUGAUGUUUGACUUGAAGGAUAAAGAGCGGGGGAAGUGCCCUCCCCACCCGACAUUCUCUGGUGCUACAUGCUGCCGUUUCUAUACCUACUUCAUCUGUUACAGGUGUGUAGUGUGUAACACUGAACAGCACUUUGGACUAUUUGAUGAUUAUAGGCAAUCAUUGUUUGUGGGGUACCAUUGCUAACUAUUUUUGAACAUAUUGUCUUUUAUUUUGCACCAUGCUUGUUAACAAUUAGUCCUAUCUGCUUUGUGUUACUACCUUGUACAAAAAUAGAGGUAACAGGAAAAAGGUCAUGGUCUACCUUCUGUAUUUGUGUUAAGGAUUAACUUAUAACACUCUUUAAGAGUUGUGACAUGCUGCACAGUCCACCCCUUCAAUAGAGUGGUGCAGUAACAGAAGUUAGCAUCGCAAGGGCUCCCUCAAUUAAAAGCAAUGGGAUUAUAAAGAUAGAAAAUAAGAUCCAUCAAAAGUAAUUGAUACUUACACAUGUGUUCUGCAGGAUAAUCUCCACUUUAUGAUUUUUUUUAAGCUUAAAUGCAAUAAUCAGAAGUAAAAAGCUAACGUUAGUCUAUAAGCUACAGCACAGUCACUUGACUUCACAUCAGCGCUACGCUAAAGGCGGCUAAUGUUAAGUGUAAAUGGACUCAUUUGGACGCUUGUAAGAAGCAGCUGUUUUUGUGACAUAAAAGCUUCCGAAAUUCACCAGGGAGGUAUUUAAGGAAUUAUGUUGUGUUGUUAAACAACAUUCAAACAUCUCUUCAGCUUGUGUUAAUCACAACCAAAAAGACUUCCAAUAAACUCCUUAGACGAGGGAUCCGGAAGUGGUAACGUGCUAACUAAUUUCUGGGAUUUUGGACUAAAUCCUGCACCACUCUAUAAUGUAGAAGGUGAAAAUGCUAGCGCCUCUUUCCACACCGUCUCAUCUGUAUUAAUAAGGGAAGAAUGGUGUAUUAGAAAAAUAUAAUGGACGUCAGUUGGAAUAGGAUCCAUUAUGGGCCCUUCUCACUAUUUGUUUAGCUUUGUCAAUGACUAUAUCGGCACACAAGGUAACAACAUACAUUAACGGAGGAGUUUGUUACAUUAGCAUUCACAAUAUAGUUAAGUUGCCAGCACUGUGAACCCAGAAAUGUGGAGUACCCCAACGUUUUAUUUUAGAAAUGCAAAGUGCGGGUCUCAGCUCAUAGAAACUGCCAGAUGCUAACUUGCAUAUGUUGGUCAAUUUGCACAACAAGCAUCAGUUGUAUUAAUUAAAAUGAUGGCAUUCUAGGCUAUAUAAACAAUAGUAAAACAAAAAAUGACCUUGCUGAUUUGGACCGUUUUGGAGUGGUUUGGGGGCUUAUUGGGGAUGCUGAGUCCAUCUGAUAUUUUCAGGAUUAAAAAUGGCAGUUUAAACCUUAGAGUGGCCAUAUUUGUACUCUGUGGGAUGAUUUUGAUUACCAUGAGCACUGUUGCAACUAUUGGAUUUAGAAAGCACAAGAUGAAAAGGAUUACCUCUAAUGUGGACCAUUGUUUUUCAAAUAAAUAGGCCAUGUGUCCAAUCGAAAUGAUCCAGAAACCCCUAAAUCUUCCAAAUGGAUCCAAAAUUAAUGAAAAUCAGCCCACCGAGAGUACAAAUAUUGGCAUUUUCUGCUUAAUGCUGCCAUUUUUUUUAUCCUUAAAUGUCAGAAAUGGACUAAGCAUCCUCAAUAACCCCCAAAACCACUCCAAAAUGGUCUAAAUCUGACAAGCCAUGUCCACACUAUUGUCCACAUAUAAUGGUAAAGAUAGCAAAUCAACACAACUUAUGCUCAUUGUGCAAAUUGUCCAACAUAUGCAAGUUACAGUAGCAUCCGGCAGUUUCUAUGAGCUGGGGACCCCUACUAUACAUUUCUAACAUGAAACGUUGGGGUGCUCCAUGAGCUCGCAACUAGACUACUAUGUUCACAUGCAUCUCAGAUCACAUCUGAAUGUGGCAGGAGGCUUGGCGUUCCAGUGGGCCCAGGUGCAGUGUGUGUAAUAUGUAGAGGUUCCUUCUGAUUGGCUAGAUCAAGAGGAAAUGCUGCAUUUUGAUUUGUGCAGACGCUGGCUAGUCCACAUUGCCAAGCUCCCUGUUCCACCAUCUCCAUUAGCUUCCACGUUGUACCUAGCUUCUCUUAGAAACUACAAUGUAAGAGUUAUGAAGUAAGAUGCUUUAUCACCUCAGAUCACUGUGUAUAUGAUCAUAGAUAAUCUUGAAACUAGUAUUUUUUGAGCCGUGUAUUCUUUAAGUUUGUAAACCAAGAACGGGUGCAUAUCAGAACUGUACGGUGGGGGUAUUUUAACAACCUUGUAUACCUAGUACACAAACUUUUGAAUACAAGACUAUCUAUGCAGAAAUGUUUUUUUAAAGGUUCAACAAGCUUUUAAAAGACUAAUGUAGCUUUUUGUUUUUUCUAAUUUAUUCUUCAGUUUACUUCAGUGGAGGGUAUGUCCUUCAUGAAUAAUCCCUAGCAUCUCAUUCAUUUUCUAUUUAUUUAUAGAGUCUUUUAUCUUCACUUUCAUUGUUUUGUCAUCUGCUUACCAAGAUAAUAAAUAUCAUCUGGGGUAAAGGUAUUA